AUUGUUUUACAUUUUUAAUCUUCAAAACAAUUUUCUCCUCCUCCAUUCAGUAGCAAGUGGAGCUUCUUCCAUCUUCUCCAAGUUGUUUAACUUCCGCCAAAUUUUUUGGACUCUGCCAAACCAGUGGUAGCUUCGGCGGCGAGCGAGCAGUGAAGAAACCGGUGCAGGCUGAUUCUUUUUUGGGUUUUUUCCCCUCCCCACUCUGAGCAGCGUGCCAAACCUAUAAUGAGAGUGCAACAUGGAUGAGUUCCAUCCAUUUAUCGAGGCGCUGCUGCCGCAUGUGCGUGCCUUUUCCUACACCUGGUUCAACCUUCAGGCACGCAAACGCAAGUACUUCAAGAAGCACGAGAAGCGCAUGUCAAAGGAUGAAGAGAGGGCAGUGAAGGAUGAGCUGUUGGGUGAGAAACCUGAAAUCAAGCAGAAGUGGGCGUCGCGUCUGCUGGCCAAGCUGCGCAAGGACAUCCGGCCCGAGUUCCGUGAGGACUUUGUGCUCACAGUAACGGGCAAGAAGCCUCCAUGCUGCGUACUCUCCAACCCCGACCAGAAGGGUAAAAUCCGCCGCAUCGACUGCCUCCGUCAAGCCGAUAAGGUGUGGAGGCUCGACCUGGUCAUGGUCAUUCUGUUUAAGGGCAGCCCGCUGGAGAGCACGGAUGGCGAGAGACUCGUCAAAUCGCCCCAGUGCACCAACCACGGCCUGUGUGUCCAACCACAUCACAUCGGAGUCUCCGUUAAAGAGCUCGACCUCUACCUGGCCUACUUCGUCCACUCGCCAGAAUCUGGACAAUCAGAGAACUCCAACCAGCAAGGAGAAGCAGACGUCAAACCGCCACCCAAUGGGCACUUGAGUUUCCAGGACUGCUUUGUGACUUCAGGAGUGUGGAACGUGGCCGAGCUGGUCCGCGUGUCACAGACUCCAGUUGCCACGGCUACCGGUCCCAACUUCUCCCUGGCCGACUUGGACAGUCCUGGAUAUUACAACAUCAACCUGGGUCGUCGGUCCAUCACGUCCACCCCAUCGACCAGCUCAAACAAGCGUAAGUCCAUCGAUGACAGUGAAAUGGAGAGCCCAGUGGAUGAUGUGUUCUACUCGGGCCGUUCCCCUGCUCCCGGCAGCUCACAGCCCAGUGGCUGGCCUAACGAUGUGGAUGCAGUGCAGCACCAUUUGGCCAGUAUGCAGGAGAGGAAGAUUAAACAUGAGAGCGAUGGCGUGCAGUUUCCUUACCAUGGACUCUCGUCGCCUGGUUCUCUUAAGAAGCCGGGGAAAUUCGAUUUCAGCGCUCUGUCUGGCCAGACGAGGUCUGCCCGCAUGCCGUUCACCCACCACCCACUGCCCAUGCUGGCAGGAGUGAGACCAGGGAGCCCCCGUGCCUCAGCCUCAUCUCUGCACUUUCCCUCUCCCUCCAUCAUCCAGCAGUCAAGCCCUUACUUCACUCACCCCACCAUCCGCUACCACCACCACCCAGGGCAGGACCCACUCAAAGAGUUUGUGCAGUUUGUGUGUGCUGAUGGACCGGGCCAAGCUGGAGGUCAGCAUACUCCACGCCAGGCUCCACAACUCCCAACAGGUUUGUCAGCAUCGGAUCACGGGACAACAACUUUCUAAAUAUCCCCCAGCAGACACAAUCUUGGUUCCUCUGACAAAACCUGCCUGCCCACAAGCAAUUAAAAUCCUGUCACUACAAUCUGGAAUCUUGAAUCAGGAAACAAAAAAAAUCUCAUCUAAAAUUGCCCUCUGACCCUGUUGGCCCAAUAGAACAACAAAGGAAACCAGCAAAUCUUCUUAUCGUUUGGAAUCUUCUGAUCCUGUCGACUUACGGCAAUGACCCCCCUCCCCCUUUUUUAAUAAGAGGAUCACGUGACAUUUUGAUGGAGGACAUGGAGUCUCUCAAAAACCACAGGAAUGACAACAGAAAAAGCAGAAACACAAAAGAACAACCCGAAGAGGAAAAAAUAAGAAUCUGUUACUUAUAUUGUGCAAUGGCUGGGGACAUCAACAAUGGUGAGGUUUUAAUAAUAAUAAUAAUAAUAAUUAAAAAACGCAAGCAUAGUUUUAGAAACUUUUGGGACAUCAAAUAAUCGAGAUGUUAAGUAUCCUGACAUCUAGCAUGGAGUUGAAGCUAAAGCCAGUUAAUUAUCCCUUCAGACACCAUUUAUAGUUCAGUGUAGAAAUUGAUCUUGAUGUGCUCUUUCCUUUGACAGCCAGCUUAACAACAAUUACUAAUCAAAGACACAGUCAAGCAAAAUAAAAUCUAAAGUAUUGCACUAGAAAAAGGAAAGUACGGAAAAUAAAACACUACUCUCAUGUUCGCUAUUGAAAAUAGGAUAGAGAAAAAAAUGUUUGCACACAAUCUUUUGAGGUAAACGUGAAAGUGGACAUCACACACUAAAGUUAAUGUUGGAUGUAAGUCAGCAGUCAUACAGGACAGUCUCUCAUUUUAGGCUGAUGUAGGAAAAUGCUAUAAUCUAGACAAAAACUACCUAUGGAGUCUGUCCCAAUCAAAAAGAAUCAAAUUCAGGCCUUAUACUCGCCCUUAGUGCCAAUUGAACGCCGACUGUAAUCCCUUUGGGUAAUGCCAACCCUAUAACACACACACACACACACGCUCUUAAAUUCACUGCCAUGUCUCUGAGCUGCUGCAUAGAAAUUGUCACAUUUUAAAAAGGGGGGUUAGUUAUUAUAUUUCUUUCCUGCUUUACAUUCCAAAUCAGAAACCAUUGCAAUGCCUUACCGCCUCUAGAGACAUUCUAGGUCAUCAAUUUAUAUUCAAGUUUAUUGGUGUGUUGAAGGUUUGGCAAAAGAAAAGCAUUUAUCCUAUCAUCAGGAGUUCAAAUCUGAGUUCAGUCCACCAGGAAUCCAGAUCAACAAUCCUACAGCCAUCCGUGGACGGGAAAUCCAAGAGAGGAAAGUUGACCAUGCUGUCUGAGUAGGAGAGAUGGUGUUACUCUGUCCACUGUCAGAGUGACACUAAUAUGUUGAGGUUGUGUCUGUGAGCUCCUGUAUGCAGAUGAAAACAGUUAGCACUUUCCUCCAAGUGUGUUCAGCAACCCUGUGGCACUGCAUGAGCAGCAUUUCAAGAUAGAUAUGGUGGCUUCACAUGUUUUGGAGGAAGCAUGUGAUAUGAAGCUUUCACCCACUCUGGUUGGUAGCUGUUGAUUGACAAUGGAAAACAAGUCUUGAAUGUUAGAGUUUCAUUUCUGUCCAGCAUUUGUGACUGGAACCAGGGGUCACAUCAUCUACAUUCUUUCAUGAGAGAGUCUAGUACUUAUCAUUAUUAAUCUUUCAUGGGGUUGACUGACAUUAUAAGCAGCCAAUCACACCAACUCGGCCCUAACCAUUUGAAAGAAAACUUUCAAAAAGAAAGAAAACUUUCAAAAUGUGAUGCUUUUUCUUUAAGCCAGUGACUAUAUCAUGCCCUGAAAAUCUCAUUUUGACAUGUUGUUCAAAAGAAACUGGUGUACAUUAGCAUGUAUACAGAAAAGUAAAGUUGAUUGCAUCUUCCAAGAUUCUGAAGAUCGUGACUAGAGAAGUGUACAAAACAUAGACACACUGUUAUUGGGUGGAGCAUCAGAGACUUUAAAUAUGUCCAACACUUGGUUCCUAUUACUACCAUUGUGAACAAUUGUGAUUUGCUAAUUAUAUAUAAUUACACAUUUCUCAAGAAUGAUGAGUUUUUCAUCAAAACCACUGGAAAGACUCAGUGGACAUCUACUUUAAUGGCUGGUAAAGCUGCCCCAUCCUCACUGUACUGUUUACGCUCCCAGACAGCUGUGUUCCAAGAACGCAAGGCCUCUCUGCGGAGCAAAAGAAUGAUGUAGUUGUGCUCAGAAGGAGAGGGGUAUGUAAUGGCCAUUUAGCUCAGACAUUGCUUCAUCUGCUAUAUUCACAUCCUGUUUAGUAAUUCACAACAUUUAUUAAAGGCAGGAUGCUCAGAGCAUGGCCUCACACUCAUACAUACACAGAGAUACACAACUGCACACAACACCUUCCACUGACUGAUUUAAAGGGAAGCCUUGGUUACCGUAGGGCAAUCCUAGUCUGCCUUUACAUAAUCAUGUUGAAAUUGUCAUAAAUCAGCUUGUUUUAAACAUCAAUUUAAUUUUAGCCGCAUUAUUCGAAUCACUGAGCUCACAAAAUAACUGGACUGCCUGAUUCUGUGUCUCACUGCAGGGAAGUGUGGUUGCCGAAAUGCGACCAUGUCAUCAGCGUAGUAGAGGACUAGCAUUGCUAAAUGAGAAUUAAUGAUGGCGAUGGACUUUUCUUUUCUAAUCAAUGGAAGUGCCUCUGUAUUCCCAUUAUGCAAUUUGUUAAACAUGAAUUCAGGUUAUUUUCUCACAUAUAAGCUAUAGAGGAAGAAAUUUUUAUGUCUGAAGCAAAACAAGUGGCAAGUGACAGCUCACUAAUUACAGACAUCUUUAUAUAUACAGGAGAUAUCCAUAUAUAUAUUUAUAUAAACAUUUUUUUGUUUGCGUAAUAAGCUCAGUGGCAGUCUAGUUAUUUUCUGAAGUAUGGCAGCAUUACGAUUAACGAAUGAGUUAUUUUUCACUAGUACCAGUCUCGAAUCCCGAUUAUACACACAGCAUAGGAAAAGCCCGACAAGCAAAGUCCCUGGAAAAUUAAAAAACAAAAAAUAAAUAGAAAACGUAUUUCUAUAGUAAACAUUAUCAGUAGUGUUGAGGAGAAAGAUGUGGCUUUUGAGUUCUUUUGUGUUUGGAUGGGAGGUAUUUGUAAUUGAAAAAUAAUGUAUGUUGAUUGAGCCAUGUGCAAUGCCUUGGGUAGAGAAAUGUGUUCGUCUGUUAGAUUGUUAGAAGGUGUGAUAGAAGAGGGGGAAAAAUACCCUUCUGUUAUUGUUUCAAGUCCAAAAGGUCCGGGACUCUAAACUACAGGGCAGAGAGAAAAAAAGUCUUUGUAAGUUUUGGGAGUUUUUUAAUCUUUCUUUCUUUUUUUUAAUAGCCUUUUUUCCUUUUUUAAUGUUUAUUUGUAAUGAUUUGUUCUCAAAACUUGGGAGGGCUGAAGAAACAGUUUUGCAACACAUCAAAAAAUAUAUAUAUCACUAAAUGAAACUGGUGCUUUUUAUGGAAUACAGUACAUUCAAACUCUAUUAUACAUAAAUUAAAAAAACAAGUAAGUGUUAUCAUAACACAAAAAAAUUUUUUAGGAAAAACAUGCAUAUUCUAUUUCUUGUUUAGAAUUUAGUAAAGGGGGAGGGGUUCAUUUUAGUCAAAAAGGCAUUUUUCUCCCAACGGAGGGUUUAGUCACAGAGGGUGGAUAAAAUCCAAAGCGUUGACAAAUACACACAAAAUCCUGAGAAGGAAAAUCUAAAAAAGGAAUUAUUGUUUACAAUGUAAAGUUGAGACAGAUAAAAUUGCACUAUGUAUUUGGCAGCCAUAAUUACAGACAUAGCUAACCAUGAAAAUACAUAGUCAAUUCUGUUCCAGACAUUAUCCUAUGAGAAGCUAGUGCAUUGUUGGCUUUUGUACACGGAGACUUAAAAAAAAAAAACCAGAUCCAAACUGAAUGACAAGAUCUUCCCUUUUUUUUUUUGGGAGAUGCUUCUAAUCAACUCAGUUGCCCUUGAAAAUUGUCAGUACAUCAGAAACGAGUCCUUUUCAUUGGUAGCUGUUGAUUAUUAUUAGACUCCCAUCCUAUGAUACAUACCCGUGUAAGCUGAUCUGAACUUUAUUUUAAUAAACAGAGUUGAAAAUGUUACAAAGUGAACCCCACCCCCUUUCCUAAAUCAACACCCCCUCCCAGUCCCAAUGUAAAUUACUCUAAACUCUAAAUAUUUGUUUUGUGAUGUAGUGUUAGAGCAUCUUCAAGGUUGUCCCUAAAAAAGUGCCUUUGUUCACAAACUCCAUCUUGUAAUCCUCAGUGCCCGUCUCAGAAAACCCCCCUUUCAACCCGCUUCUAUAUUCUCUCCUUCUUCAAGCUCUUCAAAGCAGUAUAUAUAGUACUAAAGGAAAUCGGUGUGACUUAGUUCCUCUUUUUAUUGUUGAUGCUAAAAUUGAAAAAAAAAAAGACAAAAAAAGUCCUUCCUGUCUUGCUUUUCCUUCCUCUGUACUCCUUUCCUUGUCUUCUGCCUCUCUUGGACACUGGAAUAGUCUGUAGUCGCAUAACCAUCUUCUUUCCCACCCUUCCCCAUUUUCAUUGAAUGGAGGGGUUUUUAAAAGAAAAAAAAGCAAAACUUUUUGUCUGAGCAGAAUGCAGUUAGCUUACAUGUUAUUCUUGUCUGUAUGCUUCACAUUGUAUACCAUACCGAUCUCUUCAGCUUCUCCAUUGAACAGUUAAUGUAAGUGAACAAGUUACACCAGUGGGCUCUGGCGGGAUGUCAAUCAAAGGGUGUAUGAAGGGGAAAAGGUUCCAACAUGGAGCAGUUAAUCAUAUUUUAGUGAAGGAAGAAUCUGGUUGAUGUAGGAAGUCCUCUUAAAAGGUGGUGGAAGAAAUUUAGGCUGCUGGGUCACAAUAGGUUUGUGACUUGUUUUAAAUAUUUAUUUGUAUUUUUUACCAAAAUUUAUUUUUUAUCUUUUUUUGUCAAUAUUGCAUAUUUAGGUGGCAUCAAUGCCACAUUGAGAAUUUUUUAUAGAUGAUGCACCUUUGCAGCGGUUAUACGAGACCAGCUAUCUAAACACUUGGAAGAAAAAUUGCCUGAAAGCACCUUAUUACGGAAUGGAUUCAGCAAUGGAUGAGAGAUGGAUUCCGAAUUUAAAAGAAAGAAAGAUUAAACCAAAAUUCCAGUUUAAUCUGCAAUUAUGAACCAAGCCCCUCAGACCAAACUGACAAGCUGCAUGCCAUCAAACCUGAAGUGUAGUGAUAAUUAAGAUGCCUUGAAAAUCAUUAAUGCACCAGCAAAAAAAAAUCUCAGACCUACAAAUCACAGCCUGAUCUUUGUCCCACAUAAAUAUGCAAACUUAAGUUUAUGAAGCCAGCAACAGUAUCAGCCAUGAUUACAAGAGAUGAGAUCAUAAGAGAAAAAUAAAAGCCAUAAUGUUGUGGACAGAACUCUCCCAGGGCCUUGUCCCUUCCUGGCGCUGACCAUCCGUCUUUUUUAAACUUUAUUUUUCUAUUUCUUUUUGGGGUUGUGUUUUUUUUGUUUUUUGUUUUGGUAGACUGUGUAGGGUGUUGGGAUGAGUGCUAAGCUUAGAGUAGAUUGAUUUCCCAGCAGCCUUUGCCCUGGCCCAGAGCUUCUUCACUAACCCUAAAAAGCUAUUGCCCUCUUUAUAGACAUGCCCUCCAGAGCUCAUGGUGAAAUGCAUGUGUUAAUUACAAUUUCUUUUCCAUAAUAAGAAAAACAGUUUGAAAAGAGCAGAACCUUUAACUGAUUGAAUAAAAGGAUGUUCUUGACUGUAAAAA